UGGCCUUGUAUUUGCACGCAAGAAAGAAGAAGAGUGUUUCUGCGGUAGGCAAUUCAGCACAGAGCGUUCCGCACAGACACCUCGGACACGGUAAGGGCAUCAUCAUUCACAGCACAAGGGUAUGGUUGAGGAAGACGCUGCAAGUGGAGAUCAAUUGGCAGCAUCCAACGCUGUGCAGCUGGAAAACGGCACGCCAAACAAAGAACGUGUUGAAAAACCGGACGUUGUGAACGGAGAGGCAGAUUCAGCUCACGUGGGUAUUUCUGAUGAGAAUAGCAAGCCAGCAAAUGCGAAAAAAGCCGCUACAGAAGAGGUUAACGGUGGUUCCGAAAAGGAACUAAGCACCCAAGAGGAAGAAACACCUUCUGAGACUGUUGCCGAAACAGUUGAAACGAAUGGGACAAACGAGAUAAAAGCAAGCGCCAUUGAUGUCUCUGCAAGUGGCGAGGAUGUGACAAACCUUGUUAAGGAAGAAACCGCAGAAGGUCAGCCCGAGCCUGAAGUUGCGGUUUCUUCCGAAGCCCAGAACUCCAUCCGUACAUUCGACCAGCAAUCUGCCUACUCGGCCUCAAACAUGUCUCCUGUCAAGAAAACUGCCACCACCUCACACCUCAACGAAGCCGCAAGCAUCUCCUUUCUCAAGUCCAGUUUUGAAAGUUUGAUUGCAAUCAAAGAAAUCAUGAAAAAGCAUCAGCCAAUAGUGCAAAAAGCCACGACUGUUAUUGGAAUUUUGAAGACGGGCGAAAUGCCUCCAGAGGAACUUAUUUUUGAGCCUAUCAAGCUAGCCUGUGAACAGUCCAAUGUGGAGGCUAAGAUAUUGGCCUUGGAUUGCUUGAGUAAGAUAUUUACUUUUAAUCUAUUUACCAAGCCAAUAUAUUGGGAUUACAAAGGCAAGAAAAAUUUACCCAUACAGACAGAUGUCGAUUUAGACGGCAGUUUAGGAUCGCCUGUCCAAGAAGGGAAAAUUCUCCUUAUUGAAGCAGCAAUCAACGUGGUGACCUCCUGUUUCGAGGGCGAAGGCACGGAUGAACGUGUAGAGCUGCAAAUUAUCAGAGUCUUGACUGGUGCAGUUGUUAACGAAUCAAUGCCAGUGCAUGGUAAAGUGUUGCUCCAGGCUAUCAGACAGAUCCACAACAUUUUCCUGUUAUCUUUGUCUCCAAUCAAUCAAGGGAUAGCGCAGGCUACCAUUAUUCAGAUAGUUGAUUCCGUUUAUGAAAAAGUUUUGAAGUUAACAUCCAAAAAGAAGUACCACAGUUCUCUGCAGCCUGAAAGCGAUCUACCUGACCAGAUUGAAAACAACCAACAAAUGACUCUACAGCAACUACAAGACACUAGCAAUGACAACAUCCAACUGACCUCGGAUGAGAUCAUAGGCAAUGAUGACGAACUGUACAUUAAAGAUGCCUUUUUGGUGUUCAGAUCAAUGAGUAACCUUGCCUCAAAAACAAUCGAGACCGAGUCCUUAGAUAUGAGGUCACAUAAAAUUAGAGUGAAGUUACUUUCUUUGCACAUUAUUCACUCGAUUUUGAGGAACUACAUGGACGUUUUUGUAAAUAAGGAGUGCCUAAUUUUCAAUAAAAACAGCGAUGAGAGUACAUUUUUAGUGGAUGGUAUCAGAAAAUAUCUUUGUUUAGCCAUUUCCAGAAAUGCAACUUCUCAACUCUCCCCAGUGUAUGAAAUAACCUUGGAAAUAUAUUGGCUCAUGCUCAAGAAUUUAAGAUCAGAAUUUAAGUACGAAAUACCUGUUUUCCUGGAUGAAAUCUAUUUCCCUGUCAGUGAAAUGAAAACUUCAGCAUCAUAUCAAAAAAGGUACAUAUUAGAAAUUAUCCGUCGUAUUUGUUGCGACCCAAAAAUUUUAGUCGAGUUCUACCUUAAUUAUGAUUGUGAUACCGUACUACCUAAUUUAUGUGAAGCAAUUGUUGACUAUUUAGCUAGAUACGCUCUAUUGAGAGUUGUAGCUACCUUACCCCAAAAGUUAAAUUUUAAGAAUUUCCAAAAACAACAUUCUUUAUCUAAAGAGAUAGAUACUAUUCCAGAAUUGAAUUCCUCAAAAUUGACUAGUACGCCCCCAAAUCCAGAUGCAAAUGUCAACUUUCCAAACGAUUUUGCUCUCAAAAUGAGUUCCAUCGAUUGCAUCGUCUCGUUUUUGCAAUCACUCAACGUAUCAUCUGGUGCUUCUCUUCAGCUUCAGUCUUCACAAUCUGUUAUAGCCUUAGAUGACUUGAAGUCUCUUUCAGGAGAAGCUCGAAUGAGAGGAAGCUCCAUCGCAUCAGGGACGCAUUCAUCAAUUUCUCAAUCUGAGCUAAACAUCAAUUCAAACGAAUCGGAAGAAGCCUCAUUUGAUCCAGCGCAAUUUGAUACUGUAAAGCAAAGAAAAACGUCCUUAAUUGAAGGAGUCAAAUUGUUCAAUUUUUCGCCUAAAAAAGGUAUUGCUUACUUAGCUAGAAAUGGCUUUGUGAAAGCCAAUGAUCCAACAUCAAUUGCUAAAUUCAUACUUGAAAACGACAGCUUGGACAAGACCCAAGUUGGUGAAUAUCUUGGAGGUAGCAAGGAGGAAAACAUUGAAGUUAUGCAUGAAUUUGUUGACAAUAUGGACUUUAAAAAUAAAGGUUUUUUAAAUGCAUUAAGAAGUUUCUUACAACAUUUUAGAUUGCCAGGAGAGUCUCAAGUCAUUGAUAGAUUCAUGUUAAAAUUUGCUGAAAAAUAUGUGAACGACAAUCCUAAAGCAUUUGCGAACGCAGAUACAGUAUAUGUUCUCUCCUACUCUGUGAUUAUGCUUAAUACUGAUCAGCAUUCCCCUCAGGUUAAAAAAAGAAUGACGUUGGAUGAUUUUGUAAAAAACAACCGUGGUAUUGAUGAUGGCAAAGAUUUAGACCCUAAAUUUCUGGAAGGAGUUUUUAACGAUAUCCAAGGCAAUGAGAUCAUCUUGAACAGUGAACAGCAGGCUGCUUUAAUCUCCAAUGAUUCAUCUGCACAACAAACAUUAUUUGCGACUGCCCUUUUUGGGAGAGAUUAUGCUUCUCGAGAGGCGUACACCAAAGUGUCAAAGGUUUUGAGUAAAAAGACUGAAAACACGGUCAUAUUAUUGGGUAAGACUACCAAGAAAAACAACAGAUACUACACAUCAGAUUCUGCUACUAAUCCUGAACAUGUGAAGUCAAUGUUUGAAAACUUGUGGAUGUCAUUAUUGGCCGGUUUGACUCCACCGUUCAAAGAUUAUGAUGACGAAGAAAUUGCAAAUUUACUCUUGUAUGGUAUUCGUCUUUCCACGCAUUUGUCAUGUAUAUUUAAUAUUGAUUAUGCAAGAACAUCUUUUGUUAGAGCAUUAGUUCAAUUCACUAACAUAAAUAAUCCAGAAGAUAUGAAAGAUAAAAACAUCAAGGCAAUAUAUACCUUACUGGAUAUUGCAAUUGAUGAGAGCUCGUAUUUAAAAACGGCAUGGAAGGAUAUCUUCAUAGUUAUCUCACAAGUUGAAAGAUUAAGGUUAUUGUCCAAGGGAGUUGCCUCGAAAUCCGUUCCAGAUUUAUUGAAUGCUAGGUUGGCUAAAAAGUCCCUAGACACAAGUCAUCGUGCUGAAUCAACUAGUUUUUUCUCUCUGGGUGGUAAAAGGCAAAGCAUUUCUCAGCAAGCUCUUGAGCAUCACUUCAACCAGAAAUUACCAGUUGACAUGAUUAAUAAGAUAAAUGCUACAGAACUUGACGUUUCCAUUGAUAAGGUCUUCAGCAAAAGUUCAGAGAUUCAAGGUGAUGGUAUCUUUGACUUUGUCGGCGGUCUUGUUGAAGUUGCCAGGGAUGAAAUAGCCUCAUCUGGUGAUAGCAAAGAACCAAGAAUAUUCUGUUUGCAGAAAAUGGUUGAUGUUUGUUAUUACAAUAUGAGUAGAAUCAGACUUCAGUGGUCCGAGUUGUGGAAAGUCAUGAACCAAGAAUUUAACGAGUUUGGUUGUAAUCCAAACAAUAUAGUUGCAUUUUUCGCUAUUGAUUCCUUGAGACAAUUGUCAGAAAGAUUUUUCAACAUUGAAGAGUUAGCUCAUUUCAAAUUUCAGAAGGAAUUUUUGAAGCCGUUCGACUAUAUCAUUGUGAACAACGGUAAUUUGGAUGUGAGAGAGAUGGUUUUGGAUUGUGUGCAAUAUUUGAUCAUUAAGAAGGCAAAGCAAAUAAAGUCAGGAUGGAAUACUAUUUUAGAGAUUUUGACACAUGUUGCAUAUAGCGAGGACAGUGAGAAGUUUGUUGCAACAGGGUUGAGAUUUGCUAAGCAAAUUACGGACGAGCAUAUUGAGAGCCUCGAAGAACAAGACGCAUUUCCUGCUUUAGUAGAUUGCCUCUCUGAAUAUGCAAAGAAUGAGCGAUUCCAGAAAAUCAGCCUAAGAGCGUUGUCGAUGAUCAAUCAGUUAGUCGAGAAGAUUGGAGACGAGGUUGACGAGAGAAGCGGAGAUGAUGAUUAUUUGAACAAAAGAUGGUUUCCGCUUUUGUUCAGUUUCAACAGUAUUGUGAUGGAAGGUAAUGAUCUGGAAGUUAGAUCCAAAGCUCUCAAUUUUAUGUUUGAAGCAUUGAUAAUUCACGGUAAGAACUUUGAUGAGCAGUUUUGGAGCAAGAUUUGCAAUGAGCUUCUCUUUCCGAUUUUUGAUAUAUUGAAAAGACAUGGUCAAAUCAAUUUUACCCAAAAUGAGAGUUUGUGGGUCUGGCUGUCGAGUACGUUGAUCCAGGCGCUGAGAAAGAUGAUUCUACUAUUUACGACAUUUUUCCACGAACUGAAUGGUACCAUGGAUGGUUAUUUGAGCCUAUUAAUUUCGUGCAUUUGCCAGGAUAACGAUGCGAUUUCCAAGAUUGGUAUAUCGUGUUUGGAGGAUUUGAUCCUACAGAACACUGACCGGUUCGGGGCUGAGCAUUGGAAGAAAAUUGAGAUCACAUUCAAGGAAUUGUUCAAGCUCACAAGUGCUACGGAGUUGUUUGAGUUGGAUCCAUUGAACAAGAAAAACAAGAAGGCUGCAAGCGGCUCCUCCUUGGGAGCGGGUGGGAACGAGGUUGCGGAAGAUGAGUCCGAAGACGAUGAGACCGAACAGUCGUACUCCGAAAUCAAUCCCGACCGGAAGUUCUCCUCGCAGGAGAUUGUGAUCAAGUGUGUGCUCCAUCUCCACAUGAUCCAGAUUCUCUCGGAGCUCUUCGACAACAACGAGUUCUACACGGUCAUCCCGUACUCAAACUUGAUCGAGCUCACCAAACUGCUGCACAGCAGCUACACCUUUGCCAAGAACUUUAACGAGGACUACAACUUGCGGGUGCGCUUGUGGAAUGCGGGCACCGUUGACAAGUUGCCGAACUUGCUCAAGCAGGAGACCUCUGCUGUGGGCGUGUACAUCAGCGUGCUCUUCCGCCUCUACUGCGACGAGGAGAAGACGAACUCCGAGGCAAGAGACCGCAUUGUCGGCAUCCUGAUUCCCUUGGCUGUCUCGCUUAUGAGGCGGUCUGCCGAGUUCGACGAGCGGGAGGAGACCAAGAACUUCCACUCGUGGAUGCCCGUCGUUGUCGAGGUUCUCCAGGCUGUCACCGAGCUCUACGAGAAGGACUUUAAGAAGGCCUGUCCGGAGACGUAUCCGUACGUGAUGCAGCUCUUUGGGAAAAACAUGUCUGUGGAGCUGCGGGAGGUGAUGAAGGACUUCAUGGUCCGGGUCGGCAACAUUUACGUGCUCCACCCCGCGGACACCGCUGCCGCUACUCCUGCCGCUGCCACCAACGGCGGCGCCACUGGCCCCUCCAACGACUAGAUAGCCCCACCGAUAGAUAGAUAGAUAG